AUGAUUUAUAGGGCUCCACCUCGUUUUCCUGGUCAUCAUCCCCAUUUUUCUCAACAUCAUCAUUCAACUUCUACUGGACAAACAUCCAGCACACUUAAUUCGUCUAUUGUACCUGUUCAACCUGGUGAAAUCGGUUUCGAUGGCAAAAUGUUACGUAAAGCAAUGGCUCGUAAAACAGUCGAUUAUAAUCCAUCAAUUAUACGUUAUCUUGAAAAUUCGAUUUGGCAACGAAAUAUAACUGAUGCACGAUCAUUACAACCUGAUGUUUUAUAUAUUCCAAAUCUUGUUCCACCACAUAAUCUUCUAUCAAAUCCUGUGAAUUGUGUUAUGACAAAAUUUAUUCGACCAGCAACAAAUAAAGUUCGAUGUCCAAUAUUUUGUGUUUGUUGGACACCUGAUGGUCGUCGUUUAAUAACAGGUGCAUCAAGUGGAGAAUUUACAUUAUGGAAUGGAUUAACAUUUAAUUUUGAAACUAUUUUACAAGCACAUGAUUCAGCUGUACGUGCAAUGAUUUGGUCGAAUAAUGAACAGUGGAUGUUAACUGGUGAUCACAAUGGCUUUGUUAAAUAUUGGCAAUCAAAUAUGAAUAAUGUUAAAGUAUAUCAAGCACAUAAUGAUCCAGUGAGAGGUUUAACGUUUUCUCCAAAUGAUAGCAAAUUUGCUAGUUGUUCCGAUGAUAGUUUUAUUCGUAUAUUCGAUUUUAUGACUGGUCAAGAAGAACGUGAAUUACGAGGUCAUGGAUGUGAUGUUAAAUGUGUUGAUUGGCAUCCAGAUAAAGGUUUACUUGUUUCUGGCAGUAAAGAUUCUCAACAACCGAUUAUAUUAUGGGAUCCAAAAAGUGGAAAAAAAUUAGCAACACUUCAUGCUCAUAAAAAUACAUGUAUGGCAUUAAAAUGGAAUCGUCAUAAUGGAAAUUGGUUAAUAUCCGCAUCACGUGAUCAUUUUUGUAAAUUAUUUGAUAUAAGAAAUCUUAAAGAAGAAGUUCAAUGUUUUCGUGGACACAAAAAAGAAGCAUGCACAUUGGCAUGGCAUCCCGUACACGAGCGUCUAUUUUCAAGUGGAGGAUCCGAUGGUUCGAUUUACUUUUGGCAUGUCGGAACAGAAAAAGAAUUAGCAGGUAUGGAUGAUGCACAUGAAGGUAUGAUAUGGGAUAUGUCAUGGCAUCCUCUUGGUCACAUGCUUGUUAGUGGUUCAAAUGAUCAUACAACCCGAUUUUGGACACGUAAUCGACCUGGUGAUACUGUACUUGAACGUAGUGAAGAAGGCUUAUUAUUACAUGCCACACGUCUUGAACAAUUACAUCGUGAAGAAUUAGAACAUGAACGUUCAGAGGAAAUGAAUAUGCCAGGUUUAGGUUUUGAAGGUGGUUUACUAGAACAAUUACAACAACAAGAUGAGAUCACUACUCGACGUGAAGCUGGUAUUCCUGGCCUAGAUUAUUCAAAUGAUGAUGAAGAAAGUAGACGACGACGUGUACCGUUUGCUAAACCUGUACCUAAACCAUUUGAAAAAGCAUGGCGUUCUGUUGAUCCAUAUCCUGGUGAUAGUAAUAAUAGGAUGACAAAUUCACUCGAUCCUGAUGAUUCAUUCUAUCCUCAAUCAGCUCCUCAACCACCAAAUUUUCCGCGUGGAUCACUUUCUAUGCUCGAUGAUUAUUCUCGAGGUGGUGGACCACCAGAUUUUGAUAAUCGUGGUGGUGGUAGCGGUGGCGGUGGAGGUGGUGGUGGUGGCGGUCCUUCGAUAAAACGACAACGUCUUGAUAUUCUCAAUGAUGGUCAUUGGGCAAGUGCACCAACAGAUAGACGAGGAAAUAAUUUUCAAUCUAAUCCUUCUCAACCACCUCAUUGGCGACCGAAUCCUAAUGAUCUACAAUCAAAUUCUGGUAACAUGGUCGAUGAAACACUUGAUGAUACAUUGGCUGCUGCUCGACAUGGUGUUUCCCCAUUUUUUCAAACAGCAACAGACGAAGAAAUGCGUGGAUUUAAUCAAACAUUGAGAGUAUUUCAAAAGUGA